AUGACCUUGUUCAGUCCUGCAGUAAUCCGUCCCCUCAUGGAUGAAGCUGACUGGUUCCAUCAAGACAGCACAUUAGUGGAGCAGGCAAAAAAAGUGGUCGGUUUUAUCCAGAGUGACCAGGCUAUUGUUGCAGAUAGAGACUGGAAGCUGGUGCUUCUCUUCAUUAAUCUGGAUCAGCUCUGCACAUGUGACAAGCAGCAGUCUGUUCUCAAAGCAAAAGUUGAAGAAGUGGAUGAAGCGCUACAGCUGCUGCACUCUCAGCUGAAGCGGACCAUUGUCAACGUUGCAUUAUGGGAUGGAGAGCAUGACCAUUCCUGGAAGUCCUGGAACACGGUGUGUCCAUGUAUGGAAACAAACACUGCAGGAGAAUUCAGACUUCUUCGCGUCAUGAUGACUUAUGCUCUGCAGGAAUCCCUGGAGGAUUGGCUGUCACGGAAGCAGUGGUAUGGGGACAGGGAUGACUUCACUGUUGUUCUACAGGACACGCCUUUCAUUGCAGACCAACAGGUGUUUGAUAGAGGGAGGCGUCCCUCGGAGUCCAAACAGUCACACCAAACUGAUAAACUUGUGGUUCAGAUGUGGACAAAUUUGCUGCAGCCUGGAAGCGUUGGACUUAACACCGAUGACAAUGGAAUGAUCGUCACUUUGCCGUGUCCACGUGAGGAUCGACCCUUCCUGAGGACUAAAGGAAACUCUCCUUCGUAUCGCCAUAGUGACACUUCUCCUCUUCUUUACCCAUUUACUGGCACAGAGAUGCCGUGUGAGGAAAUAAGCCCCUCCCCCACCCCACCAACCUCAGUUCAUGCUCUCAGGCCAGGGGACAUCAAAGUCGUGGCGGCUCUGGGAGACUCUCUGACAGCAGGAAACGGCAUAGGGUCAAGACCCAACAACAUACUGGAUGUGCUGCUUCAGUACCGCGGCUUAUCCUGGAGUAUUGGUGGAGAUAAGAACCUCACGACCGUCACCACUCUGCCCAACAUUUUGAAACUUUUUAACCCCAACAUAACUGGCUACUCUGUUGGAAUGGGAAAGCAGCAUACAAAUGAGUCGUUCCUCAACCAGGCUGUAGCAGGCGCUACAAGCAAGGACAUAUCACAACAGGUACGAGUCCUGGUGGCCAGGAUGAAGAAUGACUCCAGAAUUGAUUUUGAAUCAGACUGGAAGUUGAUCACCGUUUUUAUUGGUGGAAAUGACAUCUGCGACCACUGUUACAAUUCCCUGUUAUACUCUGCAGAGAAGUACGUUGACAAUGUCCGUGAAGCGCUUGAUUACCUUCACAAAGAGGUGCCUCGCGCACUGGUGAACUUAGUGGAACCUCUACACAUCACCCCUCUGAGAGAAAUGCACACAGACCCUUCACUAAAGUGCCCAACUUGGCUGGUUAAUAUUCUUUGUCCUUGUGUCAUCAUGCCAAAGCCCGCCUCGAAAGCUCUUCAGAAGGUGGAGGAUCUCAACAGAGACUAUCAGCGUUUGCUGAAUGAGCUGGUGGAGUCGGGACGCUAUGACACUCGGCCAAACUUUACUGUGGUCAGCCAGCCUUUCUUCAGAGAGAUUAUUGUCCCCAAGCUGCUGGACGGCCGACCUGAUCGCUCAUACUUCAGCGCUGACUGCUUCCAUCUAAGCCAGAAGGCCCACACACUGAUGGCCCGCGCCCUCUGGAACAACAUGCUGGAACCACUAAGCAAUAAGACAGCAAAACAGGACUUUAACUUAAAUAUCAGCCUGAAAUGUCCAAAAAAGACUUCACCAUAUAUUCGGACCUACAACAACAGCAACUAUACAUACGCUGGCCCCUCUCCAACACCUGGACCAAUACCUAAUUGGGGAAGUGACUUUUCCUGUGUUGAUCUGACUCCAUCUGACAUUGUGCCUACCUCAGUUCACAAGCUGAGACCAGCAGACAUCCAGGUGGUGGCAGCAUUAGGAGACUCUAUAACGACAGGAAAUGGUGCUAAAGCAAAGAACCUGCUUCAACUUAGUAUACAGUAUAAAGGAGUAGCCUGGAGCAUUGGAGGGGAUAAAAGUCUGGAGAUUGUCACAACGCUCCCAAACAUCCUGAGGAAGUUCAACCCUUCUCUGAAAGGCUUCUCAAAAGAUGAAGUUCCAAAAACCAAAGGCUUCAACAUGGCUAAACCUGGUGCAGUAACCUUAGAUCUGCCAAAACAAGUCCAAGAUCUCAUCAAAGCCAUGAGAGAAAAUAAGGAUGUAAACUUUGAAAAGGACUGGAAACUUGUAACAAUAUUUAUUGGGGGAAAUGAUCUUUGCAGCUAUUGCACAGAUCAAAAUAAUCUGUCACCAAAGAACUAUAGCCACCAUCUUAUCCUUAGCUUGGACAUGCUUUAUAAAGAGGUACCAAGGUUGUUGGUUAAUCUCGUUGAGAUCUUGCAGAUUGAUCCAAUGAAAACAGUGAAGAACAACGCACUGGGUUGUACACUCUUACAGAGGACCAACUGUCCAUGUGUUAUCAAUGCAGCUGAAACCUCUCCAGAGCUUGAAGAGAUUAAAAGAAUCAAUCAAGCGUACCAGGCUGAGAUGCAGUAUCUUAUUUCUGGAGACCGCUAUGAUGGAAAAGAAGACUUUGCAGUUGUUCUUCAACCAUUUUUACACAAUUUAUUUGUCCCUUUUACUGCGGACGGUGGAGCUGACCUGAGCUUCUUCUCUUUGGACUGCUUCCACAUCAGUGAGCGAGCUCAUGCUGAAAUGGCCAUUGCCCUCUGGAACAACAUGUUGGAACCAGUGGGUAGGAAGCAGGCCAACAACAACUUCACGUACGAUCGCUCCAAGAUUCAAUGUCCCUCUGUGAGUCGUCCUUUUUUCUUUACGAAGAUGAACAGCCUCCCAAGUGCACCUGUGAUGACCACCGCUACUGCUUCAGUAUCGGAUCAUUCUACUCCUGCACCAACCGACCUUGUGCCUCAAUGCUCCUCAUACACACCUGUGUGGGCAACAGUGCUUGUGGGAAUUCUCAGUUCACUGGCUGGCAUUGCUGUAACCGGGAUCAUUCUUUCGUGGAAUGCCAAUCGGAAAGAAAAUUUAGAAUUAGCAGAAAAACAAGGAACUACAUUUUAAGGUAGUGUGCUGGUAAAAUUGUUUUGUCAGCAGUCUGUUAAAGGUUAUGUACAU